AUGAAGUCUAUGAACAUCUUGAUCGCUCGGAGGAUACUUGCAAUUGGAUCAAGGGGAGAAGCCGGUGUCGGUAAGAGUGUUCUUGCUGAGUGGGUUCAAGGGAGAAUCGCACGUCCUCUUGACUACAAGUCUUACACUAUCCUUUCUUAUAACUUCCCUUGGGACUCUCCCAAAGAAGCUACGUCACUUGCUUGCAUCAAGAGUUUUGUCUUCCAGCUCCUUGAGCGAAGUGUCGGUGACGUUGAGCUCUAUGGUCGUCUUGUCAAGGCCCUUGAGGCAUACUCCAAGACUUCCAACGCUGCUGGUCUUGAGGCUACUCUUUGGGAUACCCUUCACACUAGUCUCCAUGCUUCUAAGAGUGCGGGCACCUCGUUCAUCCUGUUGACUGAUGGUUGCGACGAGAUGGCUGGCGGUGUCAAAAGUGCUGUCAGCUUUCACCAAACCCUCCAGAGCUAUGUCGCCGACCUCUCCCGCACACACAUCAUCACCUUCUCGCGUAAGGUCGAUGGCCUCAAGGACGUCAAAAGCUUCCAGAUCAAGGAGAAGGAGGUCCAUGAGGACCUUCGAUCCCAUCUAAAGCAGACCCUCUUCAAGUCGCGCCAUUUACACCACAUCACUCAUAUCAACCGCAAGAAGUUCAUCAACGAUCUUAUCGUCAAGUCCAAGGGUCGCUUCCUCUGGGCUUUCUACGCCGGGCGUCUUCUUCUUCUUAAGAAGUCUCGUAAGGGCUUUUUCGCCACUACAAAGAACCUCAGCGCUAAUAUCUCGGAGAUUCUUCGUCUUGCUGUUGACAAGUUAAACUUGAAGCAGAAUGAGACACUCAAGUAUCUACUCUCUUUUAUGCUAAUCACCGAUAUCCCAUUCUCCGUCCAAGAGAUUGCAGAACUUCUCUCCACCGAUCUCCACAAGCGAGCCAUGCUUCCCACUACCUUUAACAUCUCCAAGAUUAUCUCUAAGCACAGCAAAUUCCUCAUCAUUCGAGGCGGCCGUCUUCACUUUCGCAACCCUGUUAUCCAAUCGUACUUCCGUAGUCUCCUCGGCAAGUCACUCCUCUCCGCCAAGGAAGCUCAUUCACAGCUAACUCUAAGAAUGCUUCUACCCCGCGUCCACCAGGAUACCAUUAAGCUCUACGAACUUGCCCUCCGCGUUCGCGAGACUUACUUCAGUGAGAAGCACGUCAGUAUCCUUCAGAGUCUCAUCGCCCUUGGUCACAUUCAUAUCAAGUUCUCUACCUCUUCCGAUACACACCUCUGCGGAGCGCGAUACUUCUACCGCGCUGCUAAACUCGGCAAGAUCAUCCUCUCUAAGACAAGCGUUAUC